CAACGUCGAAAGCAGCCAAUGGGAGCCCCGGAGGCGGAGCGUCUGUGGGAGCCGUGGAGGGAACUUUCCCAGUCCCGAGGCACAACGGGGGUUGCAUCCAUGGAGCGAGCUGAGAGCUCGAGUACAGAACCUGCUAAGGCCAUCAAACCUAUUGAUCGGAAGUCAGUCCAUCAGAUUUGCUCUGGGCAGGUGGUACUGAGUCUAAGCACUGCAGUGAAGGAGUUAGUAGAAAACAGUCUGGAUGCUGGUGCCACUAAUAUUGAUCUAAAGCUUAAGGACUAUGGAGUGGAUCUCAUUGAAGUUUCAGACAAUGGAUGUGGGGUAGAAGAAGAAAACUUCGAAGGCUUAACUCUGAAACAUCACACAUCUAAGAUUCAAGAGUUUGCUGACCUAACUCAGGUUGAAACUUUUGGCUUUCGGGGGGAAGCUCUGAGCUCACUUUGUGCACUGAGCGACGUCACCAUUUCCACCUGCCACGCAUUGGCGAAGGUUGGGACUCGACUGGUGUUUGAUCACAAUGGAAAAAUCAUCCAGAAAGCCCCCUACCCCCGCCCCAGAGGGACCACAGUCAGCGUCCAGCAGUUAUUUUCUACACUACCUGUGCGCCAUAAGGAAUUUCAAAGGAAUAUUAAGAAGGAAUAUGCCAAAAUGGUCCAGGUCUUACAGGCCUACUGUAUCAUUUCAGCAGGCAUCCGUGUAAGUUGCACCAAUCAGCUUGGACAAGGAAAACGACAGCCUGUGGUGUGCACAGGUGGAAGCCCCAGCAUAAAGGAAAAUAUCGGCUCUGUGUUUGGACAGAAGCAGGUAGAAGUAACUGUAGUAACUGUGAAUUUUUUUUUUUUUUUUUCUUCAGCGCCCCCUAGUGACUCCGUGUGUGAAGAGUAUGGUCUGAGCUGUUCGGAUGCUCUGCAUAAUCUUUUUUACAUCUCAGGUUUCAUUUCACAAUGCGCGCAUGGAGUUGGAAGGAGUUCAACAGACAGACAGUUUUUCUUUAUCAACCGGCGGCCUUGUGACCCAGCAAAGGUCUCCAGACUUGUGAACGAGGUCUACCACAUGUAUAAUCGACAUCAGUAUCCAUUUGUUGUUCUUAACAUUUCUGUUGAUUCAGAAUGUGUUGAUAUCAAUGUUACUCCAGAUAAAAGGCAAAUUUUGCUACAAGAGGAAAAGCUUUUGUUGGCAGUUUUAAAGACCUCUUUGAUAGGAAUGUUUGAUAGUGAUGUCAACAAGCUGAAUGUCAGUCAGCAGCCACUGCUGGAUAUUGAAGGUAACUUAGUAAAAAUGCAUGCAGCGGAUUUGGAGAAGCCCCUGGUAGAAAAGCAGGAUCAUUCCCCUUCAUUAAGGACUCGAGAAGAAAAAAGGGACGUGUCCAUUUCCAGACUGCGAGAGGCCUUUUCUCUUCGUCACACAACGGAGAACAAGCCUCACAGCCCAAAGACUCCAGAAGCAAGAAGGAGCCCUCCAGGACAGAAAAGGGGUAUGCCAUCUUCUAGCACUUCAGAUGCCGUCUCUGACAGAGGCUUCCUGAGACCUCAGAAAGAGGCAACGAGUUCCGGUCAGGGACCCAGGGACCCUACGGAUGGAGCGGAGGUGGAGAAGGACUCGGGGCAUGGCAGCACUUCCGUGGAUUCUGAGGGGUUCAGCAUCCCAGACACGGGCAGUCACUGCAGCAGCGAGUGUGCGGCCAGCUCCCCAGAGGACAGGGGCUCACAGGAACAUGCGGACUCUCAUGAGAAAGCGCCUGAAACUGACGACUCCUUUUCAGAUAUGGACUGCCAUCCAAACCAGGAAGACACAGCGUGUAAAUUUCGAGUUUCGCCUCAGCCAACUAAUCUCGCAUCCCCAAACACAAAGCGUUUUAAAAAAGAAGAAAUUCUUUCCAAUUCUGACAUUCGUCAAAAGUUAGUAAAUACUCAGAACGUGUCAGCCUCUCAGGUUGAUGUAGCUGUUAAAAUUAAUAAGAAGGUUGUAGCCCUGGACUUUUCUAUGAGUUCUUUAGCUAAACGAAUAAAGCAGUUACAUCGUGAAACACAGCAAAGUGAAGGGGAACAGAAUUAUAGGAAGUUUAGGGCAAAGAUUUGCCCUGGAGAAAAUCAAGCAGCUGAAGAUGAACUGACGAAAAGAGUAUAAGUCGUAACUAAAACGAUGUUUGCAGAAAUGGAAAUCGUUGGUCAGUUUAACCUGGGAUUUAUAAUAACCAAACUGAACGAGGAUCUCUUCAUAGUGGACCAGCAUGCCACGGAUGAGAAAUACAACUUUGAGAUGCUGCAACAGCACACCGUGCUCCAGGGACAGAGGCUUAUUGUACCUCAGACUCUCAACUUAACUGCUGUUAACGAAGCUGUUCUGAUAGAAAACCUGGAAAUAUUUAGAAAGAAUGGCUUUGAUUUUGUUAUUGAUGAAAAUGCUCCAGUGACUGAAAGGGCUAAAUUGAUUUCCUUGCCAACUAGUAAAAACUGGACCUUCGGACCCCAGGACAUCGAUGAACUGAUCUUUUUGCUAAGCGACAGCCCUGGGGUCAUGUGCCGGCCGUCCCGAGUCAAGCAGAUGUUUGCCUCCAGAGCCUGUCGGAAGUCGGUGAUGAUUGGAACUGCUCUUAACACAAGCGAGAUGAAGAAACUGAUCACCCACAUGGGGGAGAUGGACCACCCCUGGAACUGUCCCCAUGGAAGGCCAACCAUGAGACACAUAGCCAACCUGGGUGUCAUUUCGCAGAACUGACAGUAGUCACUGUAUGGAAUCAUCGGUUUUAUUGCAGAUUUUUAUGUUUUGAAAGACAGGGUCUUCACUAACCUUUUUUGUUUUCAAAUGAACCUGCUACUUAAAAAAAAUACACAUCAGACCCAUUUAAAAGUGAUCUUGAGAACCUUUUCAGACCAGA